GUUAAUUUUUAUUGGUAGUUUAUAUAAUUUUUAAAAUCUUAUGGCAGAAGAAGCAGCAGCUGUGGCAUCAAGAUGCCAAGAAGCGCAGGAAACUGGUGUUUUGAAUUUAUCAGCUUGUGGCUUGAUGGAGGUGCCAACUACUGCUUUAUAUUUAUUUCUUAAGGAUGUAGAAGUAACUAAAAUAGACUUGUCGGACAAUCAAUUAAAACGAAUACCGCCGAAAUUGUUAAGUACUUUUCCCAAAGUUCAGACACUUAUUGUGAAGAAUAAUCUGCUGACUUCGUUACCCAAACAAUUAGUAGAUCUUCAGUGUUUGACAAAGAUUGAUAUUUCAAUGAACAAGUUAACUGCAAUUCCAACAUUACCUUCAUCAUCUGUAUAUGUUGACUUAUCGAAAAAUGAAAUAACAGAAAUAGGAGAAGAAGAAAUAGAAAUUAUAAGUAAUUCAAAAGAAUUUAUUCUGGUUGGUAACCAAUUGGAUAACCCAUCGAAAACAAAGAUUGAACACCAAAAUCAUGUUCGUGUCUAACAACCCCAAACCUUUUGUGAUGCACGCUAGAUAAUUUAAAUUUCAUACACUUUAAUUGUUAUUCAUAUUGAGCUUUGGAUUGUUUGUUAUCAUGUGGAAGUGCAUAUUGUCAUUAUCUAAUAAUUAUAACACUAAAAAAGUAGUUUUUUUAAAUAUAUAUAAUAUAAUAUAAAACCAUAUAUUUUAUAUCUGAUUUAAAUUAUAAAAAAAAUAUGACUCGUUUUUUAAUGUUCACAAAAUUGUAGUACAUUUGAAUCAGUUAGAUUUUUUUUAUUUGUUUUCACACAAAAUUAAAGAAUCGUAUUUGUUAAAUACAUGUUGCAUUGCACUUAUUAAUGCGUAUGCUUUUCCGUAUUUUUAAUAAUUAUAUUUAAACAAUCAUGUUUUAAAAACAUUUUAAAAUCAUAACUUACAGUUAGAGCAGUACGAGUGAUUUUCUCUCUCAAAAUGAGUUAAAACUUAUUCAUUCAAUAG